GCCACUUAGAAAGAUUGGGUCGGCGGACCCACAUGGCAUUGAGAGAAAAGGUCUAAACUAUAUAUGGCUUAGUGUGCUAUCUUGUGGAAAGUACAUGUAUGGUGAAUGUACAUAUCCGAUGUACAUAAUGUUUCCCCACAUUCAUUAGCUAAUAAUACAUGUAUGUGCCGAAGAAGCUUUAACCAACUUCUAUUCAAAGCUUCUUUUCUUUUUCCUCCCCCGCCAUCACUAAAAAAAACAAUAUCACCAGCCAAGCGAGCAAUUUUGUCUCUUCACGAUCCCCGAUCGGCACCAUUAGCCCAGAUGGACUUAAUACCAACGUGAUGAAGCUCCUACUCCGGCCAUUCAGCGCUACCUCUACUAUCCCGCGAAUACAACCCGUUCCGGUUCUUAUCCGUCAGGGUUUUGCUACUCAUCAUGGCUUAAAGAGUAGUUCAGCCACCUCCAAAAGGAAAGCCGUUACACCAUUCAACGAUGAUGGGUUUGUGCCCUGGCGCGAGCUUUCCCUUGGCGAGAAGACAUCGCGCGCUACACAGCAGACUUUCAACUUUGGUCUUGUGAUAGUGGGUCUGGUUUUGACUGGCGGUAUUAGUUAUUUUCUUUACCAAGACGUCUUCGCCCCCGAUAGCAAAACUGCCAACUUCAGUCGAGCUUUCAAUCGAAUCAAGAAGGAUCCAGAGUGUCUAGCGCUUCUCGGCGAGAGCAGCAAGAUCACAGCGCAUGGCGAGGAGACUGCGAAUAAGUGGCGUCGCGCCCGUCCCAUCCAGUCUACGGUGAAUACGGACGCCCAAGGGAACCAGCAUCUAAUACUACACUUUUAUGUUGAGGGCCCAUUGAAUAAUGGUACGGUAUUCGCGCAUUUGACGAAACGUUAUAAGCACGACGACUUCGAGUGGAAGUAUCUCUGCCUUGAUGUCAAAGGUCACUCGAGGAUUUACCUGGAAAAUACGGAUGCUAAACAUUCGGGUGAGGCAUCCAAGAAGGUCAAACUCUUUGGGGUCAGCUGGAAUUAGUUUUCAUCAGCUGUAUUCGCCUAUGUGUCAAUCUCGGUAGAGUCAGUAGCUAUUUAUCUCCCAAGUCACAGGCUUGCCUUGAAAUCCAAUCUUAAUCAGUUCCACGCCGUAAUUCUCAUAUCCAUUAUAUUGUUGAUGAUCAACUAUGAAUUAUGGGUUUCGUGACUCUUCUUGAUGCGGGGAACGCUUGCUUUUGGCGACAUUGUUCCAUUUGCUUUUGCCUUUAACGUGGGGGGUCAAUCGAUACACA